CACUUCACAUAGUUCAUUGAGGCUUCACAAAAACAGAGCUCCCACAAAACUGAAGCCGACUAAACCUUUCUCUUCCAAUUCCAAAUAUUUUUUACCGCUUCCAGAAAUGUCUCCGGUGCUGACCUCGCCGAUCAAGGUCGGUCACAUCGAUGAUGUCCAGGAGCUGAGGAAGUGUAAGCCGACGGUGAUACCAGAACGGUUCGUCCGUGACAUGACCGAGAGGCCUGUCACUGCUUGCUCGGCCCAGGAUGUUCCCGUAAUAAAUAUUUCUAAGCUUGGGGAUGGCGAAAAGGAAAUAUCACGGCUUGCUGAUGCCUGCGAGAACUGGGGAUUCUUCCAGGUGGUGGAUCAUGGCAUUGAUUUCGACUUGCUGGAAAGGAUAGAGAAGGUGGGAAUGGAGUUCUUCAUGCUGCCAGUAGAGGAGAAACAGAGGUAUGCUAUGGCCCCGGGGACGGUUCAGGGUUAUGGGCAGGCCUUCGUGUUCUCGGAGGACCAAAAACUCGACUGGUGCAACAUGUUUGCACUUGGACUGGAGCCCCGCUACAUAAGGAACCCGAAACUGUGGCCCAGAAGGCCGGCUCAUUUCAGUGAGACCGUGGAGACAUACUCUACCGAGAUAAGGAAGCUAUGCGCGAACUUGCUGAAGUACAUAGCCAUGAGCCUUGGGCUCAAAGGCAACGUGUUCCAGGAGAUGUUUGGGUCAGCGGUUCAGGCGGUGAGAAUGAAUUACUACCCACCUUGCCCGAGGCCUGACCUCGUGUUGGGCUUGAGCCCGCAUUCGGACGGAAGCGCGAUCACGGUGCUGCAGCAGGGGAAGGGCAACUCUGUGGGGCUUCAAAUCUUCAAAGAUGAUAAGUGGGUUCCUGUUCUGCCUCUCCCCAAUGCACUUGUGAUCAACAUUGGAGACACGCUUGAGAAAACAGGAGGACAAUGCCCGAGGCUGCACUUCGAAAAGUUGUUUUCCUUGAUAAAAAGUGUUCUCACGAAUGGGAAGUACAAGAGCGUGGAGCAUAGAGCAGUGACGCACGAAGACAAGGACCGACUUUCGAUAGUCACAUUCUACGCCCCGAGCUACGAGGUGGAGUUGGGGCCAAUGGCAGAGCUAGUGGACGAAAACAACCCAUGCAAGUACAAAAGGUACAAUCAUGGAGAGUAUAACAAACACUACAUAACCAACAAGCUCGAAGGCAAGAAGACCCUUGAGUUCGCCAAGAUUCGUCCAGAGAACUCAAACUGAACAUGACUCGUUAAUCAGUUCGUCGCCGAUGGAUUUCUUAUUAUAAUAGAGAGUUAUGUAACAAAUUGUUGAUCUGUUGUCUUAUUUGUAUUAUUCUCAUUAGUGUGUACAUGUAUCUAACUUGUCAUUAGGUCAAAUUCUAGUGGGAAGUACUGCUAAUGAAAAAUAGAGUAUGCAAACUUAUGAAACUAAAUGAAUGAAUGGAAGUUAUUCUGUUUUUGGCGAAUA